AUGAUAUUCAACGACUACAGCCAUCUGGAUACAUCUAUCAUUUUACCCCGCUUCUCUCUGCUUGACUGGCAGUUUCUUGAGAUGGGACUUCGUAGCUCGCGAUGUGCUCUCAUCAUCAAGGAUUUCGUCAAGUUUCUUUGGGGAUAUUCGCAAGGAAAACCUAAUAGGUGGACCUUAUUUGUGCAGCGUUUUAUAGCGACCUGGAAAUUUGUACCCGCUGUGAUGCUGCAUUUGGAUGAUUCAGAAACAGGAAAACAGCGUACGGAGAGAUCAGCGAUAUAUACUGGCUUUAUCGACGUCAGAAGACUCAGAAUUCACGCUAGAAUUCCCGGAAAUUUCAGAUUUUGGAGUGAUGCCGAUGCUGUCGCAAUACCACGUUUCCCCUUCGGCAUGCCGACUGUGGUGCAAGACGCAGGACUACUUGAAGGCGUUGCGAAUAUCACUUUGAUGCAGAGUAAUCGUGGUUGUAUCUGCUAUUUAUUUGAUUCGAGGGACAAACAAGCCACGUUGUUACAAAAAGGAACCAAUACUAUGAUAGGAAACGGACUCACUAAGGGAAUCUCCAACAUGUAUUUCACAACACAUAACGUUUGA